AUGGCUUCCUCUCAGACAAUUCAAUCGUGUUCUGAGCAUAAGAUUGCUGUAGCUGAUGAAACCUAUCAGUGGAUGGAACGUGAGCAACGAGCUCAGUGGCUUCGAGCAACCAUUCUAGGAGCUAACGAUGGGUUGCUUUCGACCACAUCCCUAAUGCUUGGUAUAGGUGCAGCAAAAGAUGAUAGAAGGUCCAUGAUCCUCUCUGGACUAGCUGGAGCACUUGCAGGUGCCUGUAGCAUGGCUGUUGGCGAGUUUGUUUCUGUUUCAACCCAAAGAGAUAUUGAACAGGCAGCUUCUGCCUGCUGCACUUCAAAAACUGACACAGUAGGAAUAUUGAUGCAAGAUCAUCACAAGGAAAAAGGACUGCCUAACCCGUACAAGGCCGCUGCUGCAUCAGCUUUGGCAUUUUUAUGUGGGUCAGUUGUGCCUCUGGCAUCCGCUGCUUUUAUUGCACAAAAUGUUAUUCGGAUUGUGGUGAUUGCAGUGGUUACAUCUAUAGCUCUUGCCUUCUUCGGGUGUUUUGGAGCUUAUCUUGGUGGCUUACCAGUUAGCAUGUCAGCAGCGAGAGUUGUGGUUGGAGGGUGGAUUGCGAUGGCAAUUACUUACGGUUUGCUUAAGCCCUUCGAUGGAGAUCAUGUCGGCAGCGGCACUGAUUAG